CCUCUCUCCCCGUUUGCAGUUCCUCUCCACGACUGCUUUGUGACGCAAUUAGCGCUCUGAACGGCCAAUCGCCCACUGUCAAGUCCACUUCAAGCGAAGACGUCAUCUACGUAAUCUGAAAAACAGCGGCGUACUCCCCUAACAAAUCACCAUGGAUGCCAUGGUAGCCAAACCCCCUUCCGAUCCUGAGACUCUUGUCGAAGAUGUCGAAAACCUCAGCAUAUCUCCAUUUGGCCCCGCAAGGGCUUCGAUAACCGAGCAGCCUCUCAGCGAGGAAGAGGUGAAGAAGAUGACCGACUACUUCCACGCCUCUCUCUACAUGUGUCUGGGAAUGAUCUACCUCCGAAGGAAUCCCCUCCUCCGCGAGCCACUUACCCUGGACCAUAUCAAGCGGCGAUUGUUGGGUCACUGGGGCUCGGAUGCCGGACAGAGUUUCACCUAUAUCCACAUGAACCGCCUCAUUAAGAAAUAUGACCUCGAUGCAAUCUUCAUCUCGGGUCCUGGCCAUGGCGCUCCAGCUGUCCUAUCGAACAGUUACCUUGAGGGUGUCUAUUCCGAGGUUUACCCCGAAAAGGGCGAGGAUGAGGAGGGCAUGAGGCGUUUCUUCAAAUACUUCUCUUUCCCUGGAGGAAUUGGAUCCCAUGCCACGCCCGAGACACCGGGAAGUCUACACGAAGGUGGAGAGCUUGGUUACUCCGUCUCUCACGCUUUUGGUGCGGUAUUUGAUCACCCAGAUCUGAUCGCUCUCACAAUGGUCGGAGACGGAGAGGCUGAGACGGGCCCCCUGGCUGCGAGCUGGCAUUCCACCAAGUUCCUCAACCCAAUUACAGACGGCGCAGUUUUGCCGGUACUACACUUGAACGGCUACAAGAUCAACAACCCUACUCUCCUUGCUAGAAUCAGCCACAAGGAGCUUGAGGCGCUCUUUGUCGGAUACGGAUGGACUCCUUACUUUGUCGAGGGAAGCGAUAUCCCGUCUAUGCACCAAGCCAUGGCAGCCACCAUGGAACGCUGUGUAACCAAGAUCCGCGAGUACCAGAAACAAGCGAGGGACUCGGGCAAGGCAUUCAGGCCUCGUUGGCCAAUGAUUGUUCUCCGCACACCCAAGGGAUGGACUGGCCCCAGCAAGGUUGACGGAGACCAUUUCCUCGAAGGAUUCUGGCGUUCGCAUCAAGUCCCGCUUACAAACGUCCUAAAGGACAAGACGGAGCUCAAGACACUCGAGGACUGGAUGCGCUCAUACGGACCUGACAAGCACUUUGACAAGGACGGUAAGCUUAUUCCUGAGCUAAGGGAGUUGGCUCCAACCGGCAACAGGAGAAUGAGCGCCAAUCCAGUUACAAACGGUGGCUCAAUCCGGACCAAGCUUCACAUGCCUGAUUUCCGCGAAUAUGCUGUAGAAGUCACAAAGGGCGGUGUUGCUAAGCUGGGCAGUAUGGCCAACUGUGCCAACUUCCUCCGCGACGUCAUGAAGCGGAACCCGAGAGGUUUCCGUCUUUUUGGCCCCGAUGAGACGCAGUCCAACAAGCUUAGCAAUGUGUACGAAGUAACCCAGAAGGUGUGGCUGGGUGAGUACCUGGACGUGGACAAGGACGGCGGCAACCUGGCUUUGGAAGGCCGCGUCAUGGAGAUAUUGUCUGAGCACACGGUCGAGGGCUGGCUAGAGGGCUAUGUCCUCUCCGGACGACACGGAUUGCUUAACAGCUAUGAGCCUUUUAUCCACAUCAUCGAUUCAAUGGUCAACCAACACUGCAAGUGGAUCGAAAAGUGUCUCGAAGUGGAAUGGAGACAGAAGAUUGCGUCGCUCAACAUUCUCCUCACAUCAACCGUCUGGCGUCAAGAUCACAAUGGAUUCACCCACCAAGAUCCUGGCUUCCUGGAUGUGGUCGCAAACAAGAGCCCCGAGGUCGUUCGCAUCUAUCUCCCACCAGAUGCAAACUGUCUGCUCUCGACGAUGAACCACUGUCUCCGCAGCCAGAACUACGUCAAUGUUAUUGUUGCCGACAAGCAGGAGCACCUCCAGUACCUCACCAUGGAGCAAGCCAUUGCUCAUUGCACAAAGGGCGUGGGUAUUUGGGAAUGGGCUAGCAACGACAACGGCGAGGAGCCUGACAUUGUCAUGGCAUCCUGCGGAGACGUGUCGACGCACGAGUCGCUGGCAGCCACAGCACUACUGCGUAUCCACCUGCCCGAGCUCAAGAUCCGCUUUGUCAACGUGGUCGAUCUCUUCAAGCUGCUCGACGCAGAACAACACCCGCACGGUCUCAAGGCCCACGAAUACAAGGCCAUCUUUACGGACAACGUGCCCUGCAUCUUCAACUUCCACUCAUACCCCUGGCUGGUGCACCGUCUGACGUACGGACGCAAAGGCCAGCAGAACCUGCAUGUGCGUGGAUACAGGGAGAAGGGCAACAUUGACACACCGCUUGAGCUGGCUAUACGUAAUGGUACCGACCGCUACAGCCUGGCCAUUGAUGCCAUUGACCA